AUGGAUCUUAAGUCUGCGUCCAACUCUGUCGAGGAUUACCAAACCGAUUACCAGGCAACACGCACGACUGCCGAAAAUUCGCAGGCCACGCCCGCUGGCUACGAUUAUAAUGCCCAGCAGGUGAAUGGAAAUGGUGCCGUCGCACAAGGAGCAAGUGUAUCCGCGCCGCUAUUCCCCCAGCCGUUGCCCGUGCUGCACGAGGCGAGACAGCCGGAAAUCUUUCCGCCCGCCAGCUACAGCUAUGACUACGCCGUCAAUGAUCAGAGCACGGGCGACAUUAAGGAUCAUCGGGAGACACGCGAUGGUUAUUCGGUACGCGGCUCGUAUAGCCUCAUCGAUCCCGAUGGGUACAAGAGAACCGUCACCUAUACGGCGGACGAUGUGCACGGCUUCAAUGCUGUUGUCAGCCGGGUGCCCUAUGUGCUGAAGAAACUGGCUAUAGCUUCGUCCAAUGUGCAGCUCGACGGUCGUUCAGCCGUUGCCCAGGUUUCAGUGGACGCAGCGGCUAUCAAGUCCCUGGAUAAUUCGCUGAAAGCCAUCUCAGCCGAUAGUUAUGUGAAUGCGGCGAAUAAUCGUGACACGAAUGCUGGCAUCUAUUCCUAG